CACAAGCCAGAUGGGAAUACCUUUGUUCAUCCAGCCUCAUGUCUCCUAGCCACACGGCUUGGAGAUCCUUUGCCAACAUGUGAUGCUCAUGAAGAAGAAGAGGGGAAAAUUCAAUAUCAAUUUACCUAUAGGAAUGAACAGAUAUGAAAAGACCAGACACAUCUACAGCAUAGUAAGUCUCUGCUUAGAAUUCCUGGACAAUAAAUAUUUGUUAUGAAAUCAUUUCUAUCGAGUUACAAUAAUUUCAACCCAAUGGUGAUUUUGAACCUCAUUUCUUCCCCAAUAAUAGACAGGCAUUACUGACACGCAAAGCUUCUACUAAACACGGGCCCCACAUAAGAGCACAAAUCAAGUUUUCCUUCACCAUCAAUAUGACAAAACUACCCACUCAUCUUGAUGGAUUGUGUGCACAUUUUCCCUUUCUCCAACUUCUUGUGUAACUCGACAUUGCUCUACUCUGUGUGGGAUUUGAUUGUCAUCCUCAACUCACCUUCCACCUCACCAGAAUUCUUCAAAUUCAUCCUCCAAGGCAGGCAUACUCCAGGAACUAUAAAUGCCUCACACUGCCUUCGCUAGACACAGUCGAUUCACACUGUCAUCAUGAUGUCUGCUAGAAUCCUUGUCCUGUGCCUCCUCUCUUCACUCAUCUCAACAGGGGAAGAACUUCAAUUUUGGGUUCUUUCAAGCAAUCUCUAUUCUUUGAAUUGCCACUAAAGGAAUGGUUUGGCAUCUUUGAAAUGUCAGACCUGUUUUGCUAGCAGGGAUGAGUGCCGAAAUGAGGACAUGAAGUUGAUGGAAUGUGGAACGGAUGAAAAAUAUUGCCUUACACUUUCCUUUCGUAGCACUAUGACCCCUUCUCAACUCUUCUUUACUGCCAAAUCAUGUGCAACAGUUGAGCAAUGUUCUAAUGCUUAUUAUGGCGUCACGUCAGUAGCUAGAAAAUACCUGCAGGCAAGAAUAGCAUGUUGUGAGAAGGAUGGCUGUAAUACUGCACCUCUUCCCAUUCCAGGGCGUGACAUCCUUAAACCCAAUGGGCUUGUUUGCCCAGGCUCUUACGAACAAAAUGGUGUUUCUGAAAUAAAUGGAUCCAUUCUCUGUCUCGGGGAUGAGGACCAAUGUUUCAACGUAAAAUUCAAUAUACGUGCAGCAGAAUUCUUCAAACUCAUCCUCCAAGGUAGGCAUACUCCAGGAACUAUAAAUGCCUCACAUAAAUGCCUUCGCUACACACAGUCGACUCACACUGUCAUCAUGAUGUCUGCUAGAAUCCUUGUCCUGUGCCUCCUCUCUUCAGUCAUCUCAACAGCAGCAUCUUUGAAAUGCCAGACCUGUUUUGCCUGUGGGGAUGAAUGCAGAAAUGAGGACAUGCAGUUGGUGGAAUGUGGAGCAGAUGAAAAAUAUUGCCUUACACUUUCCUUUCGCACCACUAUGGGCCUUCCUCCACUCUCCUUUACUGUCAAGUCAUGUGCAAGAGCUGAGCAAUGUUCUAAUGCUUAUUACGGCUUCACGUCAGUGGCUGGAAAAUACCAGCAGAAGAGAAUAGCAUGUUGUGAGAACGAUGGCUGUAAUACUGCACCUCUUCCCAUUCCAGGGCGUGACAUCCUUAAACCCAACGGGUUUGUCUGCCCAGGCUCUUACGAAGAAAAUGGCAUUUCUGAAGAAAGUGGACCCGUUCUCUGUCUCGGGGAUGAGGAUCAAUGUUAUAAUUCGAAAUUCAGUAUGCGUGCACUGUCAGCAUACUUUUCAACGAUCAAUGGCCAGGGAUGUACAACCAAGAAUACAUGUUCCUACCCACUAGGAAAGAAGGAAAAAGCAAAUGGAUUACUCAUUUUUGACAUUGAAAGCGUAGAAUGCCAGAAUCCUCAGGCACUGGAAGGAUGGAGCGGCCUUUCAAAAACAUUUGGUUGGAGUUGGAAUUAAGGGCUUAAUUCAAAGAGCAAUAAGAAUUUGGGAUGAAAGACACUCAAGUUUGAGAUUAAAGUUUAAAAUUUGAGUUAGUGGGUGGUGAUGGGAAUUAAUAACUACACUUCGAUAUUCUAGCUCACUAUGAA